GCAUUUCACACUUAUGAUUGUGCAUACGAAGCAUCGGUCAGCAUCACUCCUUCGCCCUGACGUUUGUGGUGUGUACUACAAGCAUGUGACACCAAAUGCAUGUUCUUCUGCGAUGUACUCAUUUUACAUUUCAUCUGCCUUAAAAGGACAGACUCCACGUGGGCUCGUAGCACCUUCUCUGCCUUCUCUUUCCUUGAAGACGGGUCCUGUGCCAGGUCAUGUGACCACUUCCCGAAGGAAAUGCUGUCAUUCUGGGACGUGGCCGUUGAUUUCUCUCCAGAAGAGAGGGAAUGCCUGGAGCCUGCUCAGUGGAAUCUGUACAGGGAUGUGAUGUUGGAAAAUUAUAGCAGCUUUGAUUCCCUGGGUUUUGCUGUCUCUAAGCCAUACAUGGUGACAUUUCUGAAGCAAAGACAAGGACCUUGGGGUGUGAAGAAACAAGCGCCAGCCCCUGUGUAUCCAGGUGUGUAGGAAAGAGAGCGUAGGGAGGGUGAGUUGAAGUCCAAAGAUCCAACAGAAAGGCAGGCUUUCCCCAUCCUUAUUCUUUGACGAGGUUCUCAUUCUAUUUAGACUGGUAGGGAAUGUGUC